UCGCGGAGCGGAGGCACCCAACGAACGCUCCAGUAAUUGGCCCAGGCUCGAGACCAGAACUGGAUAUUAACUGUCCAUAUCCGGCGGUGUCCGGAGCUAGGUGGCCGAACUGCAGUCCAGGAGACGGCGCGGAUGUAGGCAAAGCCUCCCACCCACCGGCAAUGUGUCGACUGAGGGUCCUGCUGCUGCUGCUCCCCUUGGCCUUCGUGUCCUCCUCUGCUGUCCCGAUCCAUGAUGACUCUCAGCAGAACCCCUCUGGGUUUCUGGGCCUUCAGAGUCUUCUCCAAAGCUUCAGUCGACUGUUCCUAAAAAAUGACCUGCUACGAGACCUGGACAACUUCUUCUCCUCCCCCAUGGACUUCCGAGACCUUCCUAGGAACUUCCAUCAGGAAGAGAACCAGGAACACAGAAUGGGGAACCAGACGCUCUCCAGCCACCUACAGAUAGACAAGGUGACUGACAACCAGACAGGAGAAGUGCUCAUCUCUGAGAAAGUGGAAGCCUCCAUUGAGCCAGAAGGGAACCCGGAAGGUGACUGGAAGGUUCCCAAAGUGGAGGCGAAAGAGCCCCUGGUGCCUGUGCAGAAGGUCACCGACAGCUUGCACCCAGAGCCCCCGAGGGUGGCUUUCUGGAUCAUGAAGAUGCCAAGGCGGAGGACCCAGCCAGAUGUCCAGGAUGGAAGCCGCUGGCUCAUAGAAAAGCAGCAUCGCAUGCAGGCCAUCCGGGAUGGGCUCCGUGGAGGCGCCCGUGAGGACAACCUGGAGGAAGGGGUCCGUGUCCCCCAACACGCCAAGCUGCCUAUCCGAAAGACACACUUUCUCUACAUCCUCAGGCCAUCCCAGCAGCUGUAAGGCGGGGGCCAAAUGUCCCUGCAUGUCCCACACCCUACCCCAACACCAUAUGGAAAUAAAGGUUUUCUUACAUCUA